UAUAUUUGCGUGAUGUAUUACGUCACAUCCAUUGGCUAUAAAAUGAACCAAGGUGUUCGACGAUUACCGUUACGAGUACUGAAAGGACAGAAUAACACUAAAAAUAUGAUGAAAGGAAUAUUGUCGAUUAUUUUUUCCUGCGUGUUGUUUAUUGUUGCUUUGGGCGAUCACCACGAUCCUCACGAUAUAUUUUACGAGCUUUAUUGCGAACACCACGACGUUGAAUAUUUAAGAGCAUGUUUGCAUAAAUUACCUGAAUAUCGAGGGAUUAUGCCUAUAUUUUAUGAUUGUAUCGAUGAAGUCCAGCCCGGUUUAGAUACACCAGAAAAAAGAAAACAGUUUUUCUGCGGUGACGAUGGUAUAAAGAAAUUCAAAGAAUUGGACGAUCUGUUGCACGUAAAAUUUACCGAAGGUCAGCUUCAUGUUUUUGACGAGAGCAUGACGAAAUGUUUAGCUGAAAAAGAGAACCAGAAAUAAUUAUGCAAAAUGAACGCAGAAAACAAUUACUUGGAUUUUAUUGGAAUUAUAUUUAUGGUGUGCACAAAAAUUAAUAGACUGUUUUCAAAAAUUCUUUUAAAUUGCUUAAAAUUUGAGUGUAAAUCGAACAUUUGAUAGCAAAUAAAUUAACUUUAAACAUUAAA